CCGGGUCGUGGCUGAUGAUUUCAUUCAUAAACAGCUCUUUAUUCUAGCGACGAUCGCGUCCUAAUUUUCCACCACUCUUCACCGAGAAGCUAGAGAACAAUCCAAGAAAACAUGGCGGCCAGCAACGGCGGCGCGCUCCCUGUGGUGGAUCUGGCGCCGUUCUUCGCCGGGGAAGGCGCUGAGGAAGUGGGCGCACGGGCCCGGGCCACCGAAGCCAUGCGCGCGGCGUGCCAGGCCACCGGGUUCUUCCGCGCGGUGAACCACGGCGUGCCGCGGGAACUCAUGGCGCGCGCGCUCGACCUGUCGGCGGCGUUCUUCGCGCUCCCGGACGAGGAGAAGGCCAAGGUCCGGCCCGCCGAGGGCGCCUCCGCCGCGCCGCUCCCGGUAGGGUACGCGCGGCAGUCGGCGCAGUCCGCCGACAAGAACGAGUACCUGCUCCUCUUCAACCCCAAGCUCGGGCUCAACCACUACCCCGCCGAACCAGCCGGACUCAGGGAUGCGCUGGAGGAGUGCUACGCCAAGCUCACCGAGCUGGGGCUGCUCAUCCAGGACAUCCUGAGCGAGUGCAUGGGCCUGCCGCCAGGCUUCCUCGCCGAGUACAACGCCGACCGCGGCUUGGACUUCCUCACCGCGCUUCGCUACUUCCCGGCGACAUCCUCCGAGGAGAUCAACGGCAUCAGCGCGCACGAGGACGGCAACUGCGUCACCUUCGUCCUGCAGGACGGCGUCGGGGGCCUGGAGGUGCUCGGGCAAGACGGCCGCUGGGUCCCGGCAGAGCCCGUGGAGGGCAGCAUCGUCGUCAACGUGGGCGACGUCCUGCAGGUGCUGAGCAACAAGAAGUUCAAGAGCGCCACGCAUAGGGUGGUGAGGAGGCCCGGGGCGCACCGCCACUCGAUCGCCUUCUUCCUCAACCUCCACGGCGACAAGUGGGUCGAGCCGCUGCCCGAGUUCGCGUGCCACGCCGGCGAGCCGCCGCGGUACAGAGGGUUCCAGUAUAAUGAGUAUAUGCAGCUGCGCAUGAGGAACAAGACACACCCGCCGUCCAGGCCCGAGGAUGUCGUCCAAAUCACCCAUUACGAGAUCUAGCUCGCAAAAUCUUGCUUCCAGUCCAUGAUCCAUGGCGUACUCUACCUUUUUUCUCUGUAGUGUCUCAAAUUUCAGUUCGUGCUCUGUUUGUCGUGUGAACGGAACGGUGAAGCGUAGUUCAGUCGAAGCAUUGGAUUGUUACAACCCAACCCAAAGAAGAAGAUGGGUGGAAUCACCUCCUCACCUAAGCAGAAGAAUCUAGCGGCAUGUGAGCGGUUUGUUUUCUAAUCUAAUUAGCAAAAGGACGUGCGCUGCUUUA